AUGGAUAUGGAUUUUUAUCAAUAUACGACAUUAAAUCUAAAUUAUACUGGUAAUUUACUUAAUGAAAGAUAUUAUAUUAAAAGAAAACUAGGAAGAAACCCAACGUCCAAUGUUUAUUUCUUAGAAAAAAAUCCGAAUACUAUUUAUAAAGAUGAUGAAAAACAUUGUGUUAUAAAAAUUUGUACGCAAACUAAAUAUGGAUUUUAUUUAAAUGAAACUAAAAUAAUUCAAGAUUUAAGACAAUUAAAUAAUUCAAAUAAAUUUUAUUUAUUCUUUGAAGAUAUUAUAUAUUCAUCGCCAACACGUAACAUUUUUCUUAUUGAUUUUUUUAACUUUUGA